GAUAAUCAGGUGGAGUUCUGAUUGAGGAGGAUGCUUGACGGUAUUCGAUCCUGGUCUUUAUAAAUACUGCCUUAGGGAUCGGUCGCAGAUGUGGGCUUCCCGCCCAAGUCAAUCCGCUCUGUUGUCUCCGUUACAAUCCUUUCAAACGAGCUAGACACCGAGGAAGCUUGCCGAUUCUGCGGAUACAGUUUCACCUCCCAGAGAAUGGCUACUUCUAGGCCUCAGUACUUUAGCAACGAUCUGCAGCUGGUUGCAAUUGAGAAGGAAUCUCUGACACUUGCCUUGUCACAGCUUUGUGAAGCAGUGAGGCAAGGAGUUGAAAUCCUAUUGACCCAUGACAAAGCACCUGACGCUAACGAUAGUCGUGCAUUUGGAACCAUUUACGAUGGCCAUCUCGGUACGGUGCUUAUGGCGCUGAGGCUUCAGCGGCAGGCCAAGUAUUUCCGGGCCGAAAAUAUGUCUAUCAAUAGUUUGGUCUCAGAGACACAGCGUCUUGCAAGCUCGAGAUUGAAUCCCCAUAUUAUGAAGGUCAAUCACCGUGCCGGAAGGUUAUCGCCGCUUGACUCUGCCUCGUUUGGCGCGGCAGUCGUACGAAUUUUAGCGGCCGGCCGAGGCCUCGCUUCUCUUUCUGAAGAUGGACAAUGUCGUAUUCAUAAACGGGAUAUUGCUGAAGUCCAAGAUGCUAUGCAUGUUGCUCUGCACCAAGGCGAUGUGAGAGGCGGAGAUGAACUUCUCUACGGUCGUAUUGGGUUACUACACGCUAUAUUGAACAUCCGCAAGCUACGGCUCAACAUCGAGUCUGUGGAGGCACUGACAGCGGUCUUCGAAAAGGUACCACAGCUUAUUGACUCCAUUAUGAGCGGGGGUAAGCUUGGAGCAAGAGAUUACCUUGAGUUAUACGGAGAGCGGGAGUAUAUGCCGCUUAUGUGGUCAUGGCACGAUAAGUAUUAUAUUGGCGCCAUUCAUGGCACAUGCGGAAUUCUUGACGUCCUUCUCGCAUGCGAACCUGAAGAACUUCGAGCAGGACAUUCUCACAGUCAUAUCCCCGUCAUCGCCCAAACAAUUAACGCCCUAUGCAACCUCUGUAUUCUAAACCACGGCCACUUGCCUUCCUCAGUGCCUCACCGCUCCUCUUCUCGCACAUCACCACUUGUUCAGAUCUGCCACGGAGCGCCAGGCCUCUUGAUCCUCCUCUCAAAUGCACGAAAAAAUGCCGCAUUCGCAGCAUCAUACUGGCGACCAGAAUGGGAUGAGGCGAUCUGCCUCGCAAGCGAAAAAGUAUGGGAACAGGGGCUCCUUUAUAAAGGUGGUUCUCUAUGUCAUGGCAUCGCAGGUAACGCAUGGCCAUUGCUUAUGCUACAUGAUGCUUUUGAAUAUGGCGCACAGGGCUCUGAGGAAGCCAAAAACUGCUUUAAGCAAGUUACCUCUAGCGUACCGCAUAAGGAACUCUCAGGUGAUUAUUAUCUCUCCCGGGCGAUAGCUAUGCUGCUUGAAGCGCGAAAAACGCCACCGUUCAUCAUGCAAGAGGCUGGUGGCGGGCGGUACCGGAUGCCAGAUAGUCCUUACAGCUUAUUUGAGGGUCUGGGGGGGACUAUCUGCGCAUGGUCCGAAGCUUGUGUAGUGAUCUCUGCCAGGCUAAGGAAGAUGGAGGUUGAUUCGCAAGAAGGUAAUGGUGCAUGCAAUAAUGACGAGGAGUUCCAUAGUGACUUGCAGGAUGAGCUGGGAAUGCCAGGCUUAGGCACUCGCGGGUUUCUGUAG